GAAACCAAAUUAGAGUCUAGAGAGAGAGCGAGAGAGCGAGAGAGCGAGAGAGCGAGAUGGGGCAUCGCCGGCAGCAGCAGCAGCAACAGCACGAAGCGGUGGACAAUCUGUUGAACCUGUUCACCAAAGCGAGCUACGAUCUAUCUGUUGUCCAACACAGGCUUGAGAAGGAAUUCCAAAACAUCUAUCCCGAAAACGCAAAUCCAAUGAAUUUGGUUUCUCGGGUAAAGAAAAUACAGGACGAGCUCUCUUCCUUGAAAGAUCAGUGCCGUGAGCUUCUUGCAGCAAAGCAGGAUUUGAUAGACCAGGCAAGGACAACUUUAGUUGGGAAUAGGAGCUUGCUGCAACGGAUGCAGACAUCCUCUGGCCUUCCCGUCACCAGGGAUUUUGAUGAUCCGGCGUACGCCGACUUUAACCAGAUCAUCGACGAGUGGACAGCUCAACUCAGAUCAAAUAGAGGCAAUAACAAGCUGGAAGCAGAUUCAGAGGAUAUUAAUCAGCUUCUCUUCUCAGCAAUAGUUCAAGACAAUUGAUUAGAGCUAACUUGUAUAAGAUUUUUAAUUCUGUAGCCAUGUUGUAUGUAUAGGUAAGGAUCUGGUUUUCCUUUGCCAAUUGCUUGUGGGCGAGUGAGUACAACUAUAUGUUUCUCCAUUUUGGCUGUAAAAUUUGAAUGAGAAUAAAGUAAAAACAUUCUUAAACUUACAAACUCA